AUGGCCGCCAAAGCCCCCCAGCCGGGUGAUGCCACGUUGGAUGAGUCCGGUUACAUCCAGAUGACGAAGUAUGCCACGCAGGAGCAGAUGGUUCAAUUCAUCGAGCGCGUCAUCACCUCGUUUGGCUACCAGGCCUUGCCGUCGACAACUUUGGAGGACUUAGCCCGAAAGCACAUCAAGAUCCCCGACUCCUUUCAGGCGCUCCUCCAAGACCUCGCAGCGGAGACAGCACAGCCGCCGCCACCGACCGGGUCGACGGCACCCUCGGCGCCUCAUGCGCCCUCCGAGGCUGCUGGUAAGCCCCCAUCUUCAGCUGCAUCUUCUGCUCCAUGUGGGCCUGGGCCAGAUGCGGGCCAAGCCUUGCGUCCCGGCGCAAGCUCCGCGCCAAGCUCGAGCUCAGCGCAGAGUGCCGAGAUUUCCUUGGGCGGCUUGACCGCGGAAAACAGGGAGCCUUCAGGGACACUGCUGCUGGUGUCACCUCCCUGGUCUUUAUUUCGCAGCCGCGACUUCCAGCUUGUUGUCCGGAAUCCAGGAAAUCCGGAAGUCGGCCUGCUGAUCUUCACAAGCACCGAUCGUUCGGAAGUGGUCGCUGUAGCGCAGGCGAUCUACGCACAGCUGGGCCCAAGCGUGCAGAGCCUGGCGGAGCCCAGCUUCUACCAAGCCCUGCAAGGCAACCCCGCAUUGCUACGGCGCCUGGCCACCAACGCGGCGGACGUGGCCACGGAGCUUUGCAUUCCAACCGCGCCUUCUGAGGAGGUCCACCCAGAGGAGGAGCACGGGGAAUGCCCGAUCUGCUUCGACGAGAUCCAUCCAGGGGAGGCCGCCAUGCGCUGUGCAGGCCAGGGCGGGGUACACCACUACUUCCACGCGCGGUGCCUCCAGUCUUGGAUGGCGGCUUGCCGGGAAGGCCGCGAAGCGACCUGCCCGGUGUGCCGAGGCCAACUCCAAAUCAACGGGCACCGCCUCCAGGACUUCCUGAACGGUGAGGCUUCUUCUUCCUUGUCGCAAGACGACCGAACUUAUCUGCAAAACAUUGCCGAUGGCUUGCGUGGGAAGAACCGAUGGCAGCAGAUGAACAAGCUGGAGAAGGCAGCGUAUGCCGGAGGCAUUUUGGCUGCGGCUGGCUGGGGCUUCAUGCUGGGCUACAAUGAGAGCAACCAUCGCGCGACCCGCUACUUGGCGCUCGACGUCCUUCCCCAAGAGCAUCGCUUUGCACAAGGGAUCGGGUGGCUUGUGGGAGUGCUCGCGUGGUAUGUGCGGAAGAACAUGCAGGAGAAGGAAGAGCGGGACAGGCAGCAGCGCAGCCAGGAGGGACGGAGGAGUUAG